AUAAAUAAAUGGUACUGAACUUCAUUAACGUCAUCAUGUAAUGGAAAUUCCAAUUAAUAAGAUUUAAUUGAUGAAUUAUUAUUUGUCAAUAAUAAAAAGUAAUGAAAUAAAUUGUGAAUGUUGUUCUUUUUUAAAUUAAAUAAAAGUUAACGAUAAAUAUAUUUUAACGUGAUGUCUUCAACGUUUGUCAAAAAUAUUAAAUACAUUUAUCAAUUGCCAGUUUUAGAACGAUUAGAAAUAUGUAAAUUAUUAGAUCAAGAUAAUAAAUGGGAAGAACUUGCGGGUAAAUGGAUGCAAUAUGAUAUAUCCUUUAUUUGUAGUUUACGAAAACAGAAAAGUCCUACGGAAGAAUUAUUAAAUAAUUGGGGUCUUCAUAAUCAUACCAUUUUGGAACUAUUUAUUUUGUUAUUAAAAAUGAAACAUUAUGAAUCAAUGGUCUUUUUAAAGUCGUUUGUAGAUAAAAAAUUGCAUUGCUUAUUAAAUAAUAACAAUAAUAAUCCUUUAAGAAUGUCCAAUAAUCAAGAGAUUGAUAAAAGUACCAAGGAUUUAAAGAUCGGUAUACAAAAUUUUAAUCAAAGGAUUUCCUCAAGACUAGAUGCCAGAAAAAUAAUUCCGAAUGAAGAAAAUACCAAAGAAGCAUCUUACAAAAUAAUAAAUCAAUCUUUAGAUAAUCUACAAUCUAUAGUUGCAUCGAGUAAUUCAAAUAAUUUACUUGUCCCAUUCCUAGCACAUCGUUUAUCACCUUUACAACAGAAUAAAACUAAUUCUCAAAAAUCUCAGAUUCCUAUACCAAAGCCUGAAACAACUUUACCGCAAGUUUCAUAUAAUGAACUUGAAAUUGCUACGAAUGGUUGGUUGAAACAUAACAUAUUGGGAAAAGGUGGUUUUGGAAUAGUUUAUAGAGGUAUAUGGAAAAAUACAAAUGUAGCUAUUAAAAAGCUCGAAUACAAAAAGGCAAAUCCUGAUGAAAGUUAUUUAGUUCAACUUCAACAAUCACUCAAAGAGAUAGAAAUAUUGAAUUCUUAUCCGCAUGAAAAUAUUUUGUCAUUAUAUGCAUACAAUUUAGAUGGCCAUGUACCUUGUCUUGUUUAUCAAUUGAUGCAAAAUGGUUCAUUAGAAGAUAAUUUGCUCUUAAAACAUAUAAGUCGACCACUAUCUUGGCUGCAACGUCAUGAAAUUGCAAAGGGUACUGCACGUGGUUUACAAUAUUUACAUACCAUUGGAGAAAAACCUUUAAUUCAUGGCGAUAUUAAAAGUGCAAACAUUUUGCUAGAUAAAAAUUUUGAACCUAAAAUCGGAGAUUUUGGUUUAGCAAGAAAGGGUGAAAAGGAUUUUAUGAAAGUGAGUAGAAUUCAUGGUACGAGACCAUAUCUGCCAGAUGAUUUCUUAUAUGGAAGACAAUUAUCUACAAAAAUAGAUACAUACAGUUAUGGAAUUGUAUUGUUUGAAUUAGCCACAGGACUUCCGCCUUAUGAUGAUAAUAGACCACAAAAAAAGUUUUUAAAAGAAUUUAUAGAUAGUAUUGAAGAUCAAUAUUUGCAUUUAUUAAUUGAUAAGAAAGCAGGAGACAAAGAUAAACAAGCAUAUAGCAACUUUAUAGUAUUGGGAAAAUGGUGUUCUAAUCGUAUGGCUCAAAAUAGGCCUGAAAUGGAAGUUGUAUUUCGCAAAAUAGAUUCUUUAUGAUAUUGUUUUAAAUUUCUAUUGUUGACAAACUCACAAGUGUACAGAUAUUAUUAAGUGUGUAUUUUAUAAUUAUUAAACAUAAAAAAAUGCUCUAUUAUAUGAUCUAAAUAAUGUAAAUAGAAUGUGAUUUAUAAAAAUAAUAUAAAA